CGCAUCGGCGACGUCGCGAGAUUUUGACGUCCAUACAACGAGAGUCAGAUGCUGGAAAUAAAUUUGGAAAUUUAUUCGUCUUUAUUUAGAGAACAAAAUAAUUAAACCCAAAUAGAAUAUUAAUUUCAUGUUAUUAUACGCAUCUUUCCCAUUUCGAGGUCAAGAUGUCGUACAUGCUACCGCAUCUCCAUAACGGCUGGCAGGUGGACCAGGCCAUUCUGUCCGAGGAAGACCGAGUUCUGGUCAUCCGCUUCGGACACGACUGGGACCCAACGUGCAUGAAGAUGGAUGAAGUUCUUUAUAGCAUCGCUGAGAAGGUGAAGAACUUUGCCGUCAUUUACCUGGUAGACAUCACAGAAGUGCCCGACUUCAAUAAGAUGUACGAGUUGUACGAUCCAUGCACCGUCAUGUUCUUCUUCAGAAACAAACACAUCAUGAUUGAUUUGGGAACCGGAAACAACAACAAGAUCAACUGGCCCAUGGAGGACAAACAGGAGAUGAUUGACAUUGUAGAAACGGUGUAUCGAGGAGCCAGAAAAGGACGGGGUCUGGUGGUGUCUCCCAAGGAUUAUUCUACGAAAUACAGAUAUUAAUUCUAACUUUUUUACUGUUUUCUCCUUCUUGUAUAUUGUUUUUUUUCCACUUUUGUUUGUUGAUGACAAACAGAAGAAACUCUCAGCUUUUCCGGUGAAAGAGGACAAUAUUCCAGCUACUGGUCUGAUUUGUUUUCACAACUGUUUUUGGGUUUUUUUUUUGCUUUGAACUCUUGUGAACUAGAUGUUGAAAAGUGUCAAAAAUCUCACAUUUUACAAUAAAAUAAACUUGAGUUACUUGUCAAGAUAUUUAAAAACUGUUCUCUGAUGUUGGAAAUUCUUUUGAAACUUAAAGGCAUUAAACUAUUGUUCUUGUUUUGGCA